AAAAUGCAUUAUUAUUUUAAAAUCCUACAUCAUUUGUAAAAAUAUAAGUUUACGAUGAAGACUUUCACCUUUUUAGUCAUAUUGACAACAGUCACAGCUACCAAUGCCUUCUUCUUUAACUUGGUAGAUUACUUUUCAAGAGAUAAUUGGAACGCUCUAAGAGUGAGGUUUGGUUUAAAUCCACUUGAAUCAAACUUUGACGCCCUACCGAGGACUGUAGAUGAUGCUGUUGAAAAUAAGUUCACAAAAAUAUCUGGUUGUGAAGAUAUAGAUAGUUUUAGAGGAAACCGCUAUGUGAAAGAUGGUGACUAUGCUAUUGUUCUGCUAUAUGAUGUCCAAGGUUACAUCGCAGGAAUACAAGCUGGGGUACCAGACGGACAAGAAAAUAAAUAUCCCUUUGAUGGGAUCAAACCACCAUUUAUACACGAGAAUGGUUACAACUAUAUAACGGCCUACUUUGUUGAUCCAUCUACAAUAUGUAAGACUGGUAGAAGCAGUAGUGAUUUCGAGGAUUCUGGAACUGGAACCAAUCUCUAUUUUCAAAACGGCAACAGUCCAGAAACUGAUCAUAUGCUGAUACCCAGAGAUGAAGCAGCCAUUGGAGACCCGAAAUGGAAGAAAGGAAAAUGUUUCGCUGGAAUGGGUGUGCAUUAUUGGUAUGAUGCAAGAACAGAUACAGACUGUCAAGCGUUUUUCCCUGCAUUUUUACUAUACAAUAAAGGCAAACUGAAUGGCUUUGGUUGGGCUUUUACCACGAAUCUUACAUCUCCUAGAUAUGAACAUCCUGAUCCAUCCGUAUUUGAAACGUUUAUUUCAGAGGUUCCAAAAUGUUUAUACACUGUUGGAAAAAUAUCUACUAUGCAUAUUUAUAUGACAGAUACACCCCAACUUAAUUUAUGUUAAUCCUACUAAAUUGAGAAUGUAUUUAUGAUAAUUUUAGAAUAUAUCAUCAAUUCUGU